UUUCGCUCGAAACAAAAACAAACUUGAAAAUUCUGUAGUGCAGUUAUCUCAUAUUCUCAAGCUUAUUAUCUGCAAUAAUCGACAAUUGUUGAUUUGUAAAUUCACAAAUUACUGUAAAACUAAUAAUUUAUCCGACAAUUAACCACAUAGGUAUUCAUAAAUUAGCACAAUGGUUAAUUCUACCGAACCCAAAUCCGACGGAGAUAAGCAAAAGAAUACUUUGGAUAUCGGUCUGUUAGAAGAAGAUGAUGAAUUCGAAGAGUUCCCAGUAGAAGAGUGGACUAGCCAAGACGAAGAAGAUAAAGAGGCUAAUGUUUGGGAAGAUAAUUGGGACGAUGACAAUGUUGAGGAUGAUUUCAGUGUUCAAUUGAGAGCUGAAUUUGAAAAGCAAAAUAUUCCUGCUACCUUUUAAGUCUACUGGUUUUUAAUGUGGUGUUUUGUGUUAAGUACAUGUAUAAACAAAAAUUAUAAACUCAUACAGCUAAUAUAGCAUUAUUACUAUUAAUA